AUGGCGGUCCUAACAUCUCCUCCAAACAGCCUGCCGUACGUGGUGGCUUUGAACUGCAUGGAGGGCUGCCACGCGCAAGCUGAGGCACUCGCGGACCUCUGCGUCCUCGAGAAUGUCGGGCUCAGCGAGGGCAUGCUCGACAAGCUCGAGCGUGCUGACGUGGUGCUCGUUCAUUCGCUGCAUUACCUGCCGCGCGCCGCGCAGAGAAAGCUCUCCGCGUCGCAGCUGAUUCUGUGCCUGGGGUCGUCCGCCGACACGCGCCCCGUCGAGUCGUCGCUCGCGGAGGAGCUCGGCCUGCGAUUGGUCCACGUGGACGUGCCGCGCACGGACGAGGUCGCGGACAGCGUGAUGGCGCUGAUGCUCGGUCUGCUCCGUCGCACGCACGUUCUCGCAGCGCAGGGCUGCACGAGCGCGAGCUGGUUCGCGGGGUUCAAAGGCGCGUGGCAGGGCAUGCGGCGGCUGCGCGGGAUGGUGCUCGGGCUCGUCGGCGCCAACGCUGCUGCGCGCGCCGUCGCGCGGAGAGCCGCCGUGUUCGGCAUGCGCGUCGUCUUCUGCGACCCCGAAGGGGAGCUGCAGCGCUCCCCGCGGGCGGCGGCGCUGAUGCGCGCGGUGGGGACGGAGCGAAGCACAGUGGAGGCCGUGCUGGCCGCCAGUGACGUGGUGUCGCUCCACGUGGCGCUCACUGAUUCGACGCUCCACCUGAUCAACGACGACACUGCCAAGCACUUCAAGAAAGGCGCCAUGCUGGUGAAUGCGAGCAGCUGCCAUCUGGUGAGCGACAGCGCCAUCAAGAGGGCGCUCAACAGCGGCCGCCUGGGCAGCUGUGCACUGGACGGUGUUGAGGGCAACCAGUGGCUCGAGGCGUGGGUCCGGGAGUUCCCGAACGUCCUCAUCUUGCCUCGGAGCGCCGACUACAGCCAGGAGGUUUGGGAGGCGCUUCAGUCCAAGGCUGUGGCGGUGGUUCGGGCAUUCCUAACCUCUGGAAAGGUGCCGGAGGAGCUGGUAUUGGAUGACUCGUUCGGAGGGGUGGAGGGGGAGGAAGAGGAGGAGGAGGAGGAAUCCCAAUGGCAAGCGCUACACGCACUCUUCCCUUCUUCUUCUGCUGCUCGUGCUGGUGCUGCUGCAAAUGGUGGUGAUGGUGGUGGUGGGGUAGGGGGGAAGAAGGCAGGACGGGCAGGUGGGGGAGGGCGAGCAGAGGAGGGAAGGAGGGGUGGGGGCGAUGGGAGCAAGAGUGGAUCUUCUGGAGGGAAGAAGCAGGGGGGGGAGAGGAGGGGAGACACACAGGCAGAUGCGCUAACAGCUUCUGUGGAGAAGGUGGGAAUCCCCUCUCGCCUCCUCUCAGCUCCCUCCCACCACUCCCCUCUCACACUUUCCCUCCUUUCACUUCCCCUCCGUUCGUUCUUCCUUCUUUCCGUAGAUUUGCUCCUGUCCUCUCGCCCCCAUGCUUUCUCCCCUCAACUCGCUUCACUGUACCCCACCCACGUCCUUAGCUUUCACCUUUCGCUUCCCCCUCACGCCUCCCUUUCCUCUCUCUCCCCUUCCAUCCUCCUCUCCCUGCGCCCAAACCAGCAUCUCCCGGACUGCCCACUGCAAGACGGCAUGCUGGUGGCGCUACAGCCGCUCUCCUCCACCUCCUCCUCCGCCUCCUCCUCCUCGCUCUCGCUCCCAGCAGCCUUCGCGGCAGCCUUCCCCAAGGCGCUGUUCGCCGCCAAGCGCCACCAAGGGGGGGCGUCGUGGCGGUUUGCACCGGUGGAGGGUAUAUCCACGCAGCACCCCAGCGUGCAGUUUGUGAUUGUUUGUGACAAGGAUCUGCUGGGGUGUCGGUCGGUGUUCGCUGGCGGCAAGUUCCUGCAAGCCACAGAAGGUGGCGAGCUGCUGCUGGUGAACGACGACUUGGAUCUCGCAGAGAGCUGGUUCUUCACCGCCCUGCCCCACCCCUCCAACGGCCUCGCCCUCUCCCUCACCAACGCACUGCACUCCCACGUGGAACUUCAGGUGCUCGUCCACGUCUUGAGUGGAGGCUGA